GAUGUGUUCAGGCUGUAGAGGACCAAAGUUAUUUUUUUUAUGUGGGUGCUCAUGCUCUGACUAAAGCAUUGACUGAAGUCUUGCCCCAGCCCCUUGGUUCUUUUUGAGACAGGGUCUUACUUGCCUUGGAACUAACUCACUAUGUAACCCAAGUUGGCCUUGACUAGUGACCUUUACCCUACCUCAGCCUCCCCAGUGUCCAGAUUACAGGAAUAAAGUGGCAUUUUGGGCAGGAAAUGUACUAUUAAGAUGGAAGUUGAAGGCCAGAGCGAGAUUGGGACUAAUUAAAAGUUCGCCAACAAGGCUUUCUUUCCAUCUCCGCUGUCUUCUGUGUGCUGGUUUUACCUUCUGGCUUUUACCCCAUGCAGGCUUCAUUCGUGGCAGCAAAGUGGUUGUAGAAGGUCUCAGUGUUACAUUUUCAAAUAGAAGCAUCACGGCUAUGGCUUUGGUCUCAGGCCUGAGUUUCCGAGGCACUGUGCAAGGGGAAUGAGGAUCACCUUUUGGCCAACUGGGUCCCCUACAGGGCCUGGCUUAGUAGGUAUUGCUUGUCGGGAUUUGUAAUGAGGGCGUUUAAAAAAUGAACGGAAACGAGAUGGAAGCCACGUCAUUGCAGAGGAGAGUUCCUGCAUGGAUGUCUGUGCAGGAGAAAAGCUGCACUGCAGAGGAGCAGAAGGCCCACAUUCAGAAGAGUGUUCUUGAAGAUGAUCUUCCAUUCUUAGAAUUUCCUGGAUCCAUUGUGUACAGUUAUGAAGCUAGUGAUUGCUCUUUCCUAUCUCAGGAUAUUAGCAUGCGUCUGUCUGACGGAGGUGUGGUUGGAUUUGACAUGGAAUGGCCGCCCACAUACAAACAAGGGAAGCAAAGCCGAGUUGCUGUGAUUCAGCUGUGUGUGUCUGAGAGCAAGUGUUACUUGUUUCACAUUUCCUCUAUGUCAGUUUUCCCCCAGGGAUUAAAAAUGUUGCUAGAAAAUAAAUCAAUUAAGAAGGCAGGCGUUGGAAUUGAAGGAGACCAGUGGAAACUUCUGCGUGAUUUUGACGUCAAAUUGGAGAGUUUUGUGGAGUUGACAGAUAUUGCCAAUGAAAAGCUGAGGUGUGCGGAGACUUGGAGCCUCAAUGGCAUGGUUAAACACGUCUUAGGAAAGCAGCUUCUGAAGGACAAGUCCAUCCGCUGUAGUAACUGGAGCAAUUUCCCCCUCACUGACGACCAGAAACUGUAUGCAGCUACUGAUGCCUAUGCUGGUCUUAUCAUCUAUCAAAAAUUAGAAAAUUUGGGUGAUACUGUGCAAGUGUUUGCUCUAAACAAAGCAGAGGAAAGCCUGCCUAAUGAGAUGAAGAAAAAGCUGAACUCAAUCUCUGAAGAAAUGAGAGACCUGGCCACACAUUUUCCUGUCAACUGCAGAAACUUGGAGACUCUACAGAGGGUUCCUAUACUAUUGAAGAAUAUUUCAGAAAACCUGUGUUCCUUGAGAAAGGUGCUAUUUGGCUCUGCAAACACCGACACUGAACUGAAGCAGGUCGGUGGUUCUAACCUAAAGUCAUCAGAGGAUUCGGCUGCUGUGGGAGAACAAGAGGAACAAGUUGGAGACCGUGGGACUUUUCAUAAAAUUAAAGAAGAGGCAUGGGAUCCAGAGUUUGAAAGUCUAGUGAAACACAGUGAAGUCGAUAUGCUUAGAAAUAAAGUGAAGCAAGAAGAAGGUGGCUUUGAAGAUGAAGCAGAAGACAAGCUCCCGGAAGGUGAUAUGGAAAGAACUUGUUUGAUGUCAGAUACUUCAGAAUAUGAACUUCAAAUUUUGAAACAGCAGACUGAAGGAACAAAAUGUAAUGAUGUUCCUCACCAACCUUCUGAGCACUUAUCUCCCGCUGAUGAUGAAAAGGAUUCCUCUUAUGUAAUUGAAAGUGAUGAAGAUUUGGAAAUGGAGAUGCUUAAGUCUUUAGAAAACCUGAAUAGUGACAUGGUGGAGCCAACUCAUUCUAGAUGGUUGGAAAUGGAAAGCCGUCAGAGUCUUCCUCCCGAGGGGGAAGAUGAAGACAGGAGUGAAGCCAUCGAGGAGCAGUGGCGGGAGGAGGACCACUUAUUGCCGGAACCCAGUGCAAAGCAAAUUAAUUGCCUCAAGACCUACUUCGGCCAUUCCAGUUUUAAACCGGUUCAGUGGAAAGUCAUUCAUUCUGUAUUAGAAGAAAGAAGAGAUAAUGUUGUUGUCAUGGCAACUGGUUAUGGGAAGAGUUUAUGCUUCCAGUACCCACCUGUUUAUGCAGGCAAGAUUGGCAUUGUUAUUUCACCUCUUAUUUCUUUAAUGGAAGACCAAGUUCUCCAGCUUGAACUGUCCAACAUUCCAGCCUGUUUACUUGGAUCAGCACAAUCAAAAAAUGUUCUAGGAGAUAUUAAAUUAGGCAAAUACAGGAUCAUAUACAUGACUCCAGAAUUCUGUUCUGGUAACUUGGGCCUACUCCAGCAACUUGACUCUAAUACUGGGAUCACACUUAUUGCUGUGGAUGAGGCUCACUGUAUUUCUGAGUGGGGCCAUGACUUUAGAAGUUCAUUCAGGACCCUGGGGUCUCUUAAGACAGCGCUCCCACUGGUUCCCGUCAUUGCACUCUCUGCUACUGCAAGUUCUUCGAUCCGGGAAGAUAUCAUACAUUGCUUAAACUUGAAAAACCCUCAGAUCACCUGUACUGGAUUUGAUCGACCAAAUCUGUACUUAGAAGUUGGCCGAAAAACAGGGAAUAUCCUUCAGGAUCUAAAGCCAUUUCUUGUCCAAAAGUCAAGCCAUGCCUGGGAAUUUGAAGGCCCUACAAUCAUCUAUUGUCCUUCCAGAAAAAUGACAGAACAAGUAACUGCCGAACUUGGGAAGCUGAACUUGGCCUGCAGAGCUUACCAUGCAGGCUUGAACAUUAAUAAAAGGAAGGAUGUUCAUCAUUGGUUCCUUAGAGAUGAGAUUAAGUGUGUUGUAGCUACUAUAGCUUUCGGAAUGGGCAUUAAUAAAGCCGACAUUCGCAAAGUUAUUCAUUAUGGCGCUCCUAAGGAAAUGGAAUCCUAUUACCAGGAAAUCGGUAGAGCUGGCCGGGAUGGACUUCCGAGUUCUUGUCACGUACUCUGGGCUCCAGCAGACUUCAACUUAACUAGGCAUCACUUUCUUGAGAUACACAACGAAAAGUUCCGGUUGUAUAAAUUAAAGAUGUUAGCGAAAAUGGAAAAAUAUCUUCAUUCCAGUCGAUGCAGGCGGCAAAUCAUCUUGUCCCACUUUGAGGACAAGCGACUGCAAAGGGCCUCCGUGGACAUUAUGGGGACUGAGAAGUGCUGUGACAACUGCAGGUCCAGAUUGAGUCAUUGCUAUUCCACUAACGACCCAGAUGACACAUUCCAAGACUUUGGUCCACAAGCAUUCCAGCUGCUCUCUGCUGUGGACAUCUUAGAGGAGAAGUUUGGAAUUGGGAUUCCUAUUUUGUUUCUUCGAGGAUCUAAUUCUCAGCGUCUUGCCGAUAAAUAUCGCCGUCACAAGCUUUUUGGCGCUGGCAAAGACCGAGCAGAGAGCUGGUGGAAGGCCCUUUCUCACCAUCUCAUAGCUGAAGGAUUAUUGGUAGAAGUUCCCAAGCAAAACAAGUUUGUAAAGACUUGCUCCCUCACAAAAAAGGGUAGAAAAUGGCUUUGUGAAGCCAGUAUGCAAUCUCCUCCGAGUCUUCUCCUUCAGGCUAAUGAAGAGAUGUGUCCAAGGAAGGUUCGGCUGCCAAGUUCUACUCCUGUAUCUUCUGAUGUCAAGCCAAUUGGAUUAACUGCCGAGCAGUCUAAUUUGGAGAGAAUGUAUUCGUACAAAGCAUCUGAAAAAUCUUCUGGGAGUGACAUUCUUAAAAAAAGUGUCGGGACGCAAUCACCAGGAAAAUCUUCCAGCUCCUCAGAACCCAUCAUUUCAGCCCAAGAGCUGGACACAAGGACUGUAUUAUAUGCCAAGUUGGUAGAAGCGAGACAGAAACAUGCUAAUAAAAUGGAUGUGCCUCCGGCUAUUCUGGCAACAAACAAGAUUCUACUAGAUAUGGCCAAAAUGAGACCAACUACUGCUGAAGAUGUGAAACAGAUUGAUGGGGUCUCGGAAGGCAAGGCUGCUCUCUUGGCCCCUCUGCUGGAAGUCAUCAAACAUUUCUGUCAAGUGAACAGUGUUCAGACAAACCUCUUUUCGAGUACAAAUCCUCAAGAGGACCAGAAAAGUCAGGAAGUGAAAAAUGGAGAAUGCUCACUCCCCCAGUCUGUGGCUGUCACAUACGCUUUAUUCCAGGAAAAUAAAAUGUCCUUGCACAGCAUAGCCGAGAAUAGGCUUCUGCCUCUCACAGCAAUUGGCAUGCACUUAGCUCAGGCAGCGAAAGCUGGCUAUCCCCUGGAUAUGGAGCGAGCGGGCCUGACCCCAGAGGUUCAGAAGAUUAUUACUGAUGUUAUCCGAAACCCUCCCAUCAACUCAGAUAUGUAUAAAGUUAAACUCAUUAGAAUGUUAGUUCCUGAGAACAUUGACACGUACCUUAUCCACAUGGUAAUUGAGAUCCUUGAGAGUGGGGACAGCAGAAGCCAGCCCUCCUGUGACUCCAACAGAAAGAGAUGUUUGCCCAGCUCUGAAGAGAGCAGCGUGAGUGUUAAGAAAAGCAAGGAUGUGGUCACUGAUACCAAGAUGUCAUCUGAAAUGUCAAAAAGAAAAUUACCUGACUGGUUUGCCAAAGGAAAUAUGUCCUCAGCUGAUACUGGCAGCUCAUCAAUGGCCAAGACGAAAAAGAAAGGUCUUUUUAGUUAAGAGACAGCUGCAGAACAACUUGUGUGUCCUGCUGUCCUUAAUCCUGUAAAGAAUACAAAGAAAUAUUUUAACUUUAAAAUUUCUUAAGGUUCAAAGUAAAACCCACUUAAGUAU